GUUGGAUUGUGAAACAAGCAGGUGUUUUCCAGCUUUGCGUUUCACUUUCGGGGCGGGGCGGUGCCUUUCUGACCGCAGAGCUGCGCCGCCGGGUCGUCCUGGGAGCCGCCGCGCCCCGCUCCCCCCUCGCGCUCAGGGUCGGGCCCCCGGCGGGGUCGCUUGGGGCCCACGUUGGGUUGGGGCCCACGGGGGCCCCUUCGGGUGGCCAGACCGGGACCGGCCGGGGCACAUUGGCCUGCUCGGCUCGGCUCGCACGCCGACCGGGCCGCUCCUGGCUCCGGCUGUCCGAGCCGAGCCGGCCCGAGACAGUGGGUGGUUGUCCUGUUGACGUAGUCCUCACGGCGCCCGUCGUCCUCUCUGUUGCAGACUACCAGUUUUCGCUCCAUCCUCCCAGCAUGAUCGCUGCCGCCAGCCUGGCCGCGGCCCUGCACGGCCUGGAGUGGACCAAGCGCAGCGGAGUGGCGCUCAAUGACCUGCUUGGCUGCCUGCAGGUCAUCACCGGCAUCGAGAAGGACUACCUCCAGACGUGCCUGAGCCAGAUCGAGGGCAUGGUGACGUCAAUGAUGCACGAGAGCAGCGGUGAGACCUGUGACGUCUCCAAGCUGGAGCAGCUCGCCGACGUGGCGGCGGAGCACGGCGCCGUCAAGGGCGCCAAGGCCGAGACCCCCACCGACGUUCAGGACAUCCACUUCUGAAGGUCCUGGAGCGGCGGUCCCCCCCUUCCCACGGUCCCAGGGCAGCCCGGGGCUCGGCCGCCAUCGGCGCCGCCCCUGCGCCCCCCGCCGUCCC